GGCCUCAUCAGGCCUCUACACUCAGGCCCCGGGCCCACCGCGGACGAUAACGGGCAUACGCAGAGAAAGCUCGGCGGCACGGCGGCCGAGGAGCGGGAGGCGGACAGAAAGUGGGCACCGGCAAUAGCACGGGCGAAAGCUGGGGAAUCCGCGCAGCGCGUCCGCUGCAGCGAUGCCGAAGACGGUGCUGGAGGAAGGGAAAACAGCGCAAGCAGAAAGCGGCACGACGCGGACCUGCCGUGCCGACGUUUCUGCUUCCAGGCCGGGCGGCCAGCACGCUCGGAAAAAUGGCCGCGUGCCGGGGGACUCCCCCGAGGGGCAGCAGAGGGGCGUAGCCCUAAAUCCUCGGGCUGUGCUGGUGACGCUCCGCCCACUGGCGCCCGGGCGCCAGCCCUACGCGGACACGAGCUCCUCAUUCUGCGCCGCCGCGGAGUCCUGCGCCGCAUGGUCGACGGCCGCGUGGUUGGCGCCGACGAGCUCCGUCCGCAGGCCCUCUUCCACGAGGUCUCCAUCCGUGACCUCAGAGAUGAUGGAGGAGGUGCCGGCGGACGCCAGGGACCGGACCUCGCACUCGACGAAGGAGGUGCACCGCUCGAGGACCGCGCAGCCGUUCGCGGCCUUCUUCUUCUUGUGCUGCGGGGCCGACAUGGCCUCGGCCUCCGUCAUGCCCUGACGGGAGCAGCGCGGGGCGGCACGAGCAUCAACCAGGGGGCCCCAUGCGAACCCGACCCCUACCCCCCACGACUUCCGAGGGGGGGGGGGUCACUUCGCUCGGGAGCUCCCGAGCAAAGUGAACCCCACCCUCCCCCUCAGAAAUCGUGGGGGGUAGGGGUACAGGGCAGUUUG